CUUCACUGGAGUUUCAAAGCGUCUCUGCGCGUCAGCCGAGCAGCUCUAAAGGAAGCAAUACAGAGGCUUAAGAGAACAUCUGGCCAGAUUUACACUCUUGCUGUGGAGCUCAAGAUGAGUAGACCAGCUCUCACUGCUGUCUUUGUAGCAUUUCUGCUGACUUCCAGUGGAGCAAAGCCCAAUGGCAAGAACAAAAAGCCAAAACAAGUUGUGCCAGCAAUAGAAUGUGAUAUGUGGGCUGGGAAGAUCAGUCUCCCAGAGUUUAUUGUUAAGUGUCCAGCUAACUGCAGGGAGACCAAGGAGAAAGUGUAUGGGACGGGUGUAUUUGCCUCCAUAUCCAGUAUCUGCAAUGCUGCCAUUCACAGCGGAGUCAUCACUAACUCUGGAGGAAAGGUAAUUGUGAUGAAGAUGGCAGGACAGGCGAUCUACAAGGGUAGCUUUGCCAACGGUGUCCGCUCUCUGUGCUUACCCAACUGGAGAGAAUCCUUUUCUGUCUCAGUGGGUAAACCAAAGAAGGGGGUGAUCUACGCAUCCACUCUGGUCUUUGUACUAUCAAGAUCCACCACAGUGAAAACAGACCCGUCGUACUCCACAGUGUCACCAGCGACAGAUCCAAGCUCCACUGCAGCCCUGCCCACAACCACUCAUGUGACCACACCCAUCGCCACAGCCCCACCCAUUACCACAUCAGCCACGCCACGGGUCACUGUUAGUAAAGUCCGCGAGGCAGGCAGCAGUUACCCGUAUUUCAGCUCUGUUGCACGACAGUCACAGAGCGCCCAAGGAAAGGGUCCUACACAAGCAUUUAGAGGCAGCUCCGUCUAUGCCAAUAGGUUUUCACCUCGCACAAACACAGCAGGUGUGCACAGGCCAGAGACGGUCAUCAUGAUCCGAAGACAGCCACAUGUUUCCUCAGCUUCAGUUUUCAGUCGGGUACAUCCGCAGUCUGAGAGGAAGCAGCACACGGCGCAGUCUAAUCCCACAUUUGCAAGAAGAUAUUGGCCGCACCCUGCAUACGCACGGCCUGAUGGGUUCUCUGGCACCAGAAGACCAACAGUUCUUGACCCAAGGCCUGAUAACACUGAGUAUGAGCACUGGCUGUAUAACUCUGGACAGUAUCCUCCUGAGCCAGAAGCCCACACGCCUCCAUCUGAUACGAGGCACACCAGAGACUGUGAAGUUGAUAUUGCAUUCCUCAUGGAUGGCAGCUGGAGCAUUGGGAAACGCCGUUUUAAGAUUCAGAAAGACUUCCUUGUGGAAGUUUCUCAGGUCAUUAAUGUGGGUGUUGCUGGACCCAUGAUGGGCAUCAUUCAAUACGGGGAUGAUCCAGUCACAGAAUUCAGUCUAAAACGGUUCUCCAGCUCCAAGGAUCUGAAGCCGGCCAUCAGCAAAAUAGUCCAGAAGGGCGGUCUGUCCAAUGUAGGGAAGGCCCUCUCCUACAUCAACAAGCAUUUCUUCAGUGAUGCUAAUGGGAACAGAGGUGGGGCACCCAAUGUGGCUGUGGUUCUGGUGGACGGCUGGCCCACUGACAAAGUGGAGGAGGCCUCACGUCUGGCCAGAGAGUCAGGCAUCAACAUCUUCUUUGUCACCAUCGAGGGCCCAGAUGAGAAUGAAAAACAGAACGUGAUGGAGACCAACUUUGUUGACAAGGCAGUGUGCAGAACCAAUGGCUUCUUCUCGCUCUCCAUCUCAAGCUGGUUUGCCUUGCGCAAAGAAGUGCAGUCUCUGGUGAAGCGCGUGUGCGACACAGACCGCCUGGUGUGCAGUAAGACCUGCCUUAACGCCAACGACAUUGCCUUCGUCAUCGACGGCUCCAGCAGCGUGGGAACCGGAAACUUCCGCACCGUGCUCCAGUUCGUCGCAAACGUGACGCAGGAAUUUGAGAUCUCGGACACGGAUACGCGCGUAGGAAUCAUACAGUACACGUAUGAGCAGAGGCUUGAGUUCACUUUUGGUCAACACAACAACAAAGCUGAUCUGCUGAACGCUAUCAAGCGUAUAAACUACUGGAGCGGAGGUACCAGCACGGGAGCCGCCAUCACAUAUGCUGCAGAUCAACUCUUCAGCAAAUCCAAACCCAACAAGCGCAAGAUCAUGAUUGUCAUCACAGACGGACGCUCCUACGAUGACGUGAGGGCCCCAGCGCUGGCAGUACAUCGUAAAGGUGUGAUCGCGUACUCCAUUGGUAUAGCCUGGGCUAUACAGGACGAGCUGGAAUACAUCGCCACCGACCCCGACAGAGACCACUCUUUCUUUGUGGAUGAGUUUGACAACCUCUACAAGUAUGUACCAAAGAUUAUUCACAACAUCUGCAAUGAGUUCAACUCCCAACCACGUAACUGAACCAGGCCUACAGAUGAAAAUUGUGGAAUAUCACCAACAAUCCAAGGAGUAAGUGCAUUACACAGUUAGAAAUACAGUUACAAAUGUAGCAUACUGUAGUUAGAAGCCUUACUUUCUGGAUGAAAAGCUCAGAGGACGCCAGCAUGUUUCCAGAUUAGAUUUUUUUGCAAUUUAAACAAAAUAGAGUGUGGAAAUGGUAAAGACGGCAGUGGAUGUGUUUUCGGUGAUUUUGGAUUAAUAUGUGAUCGACUUCACGGAGUGACAGAUUUUCUGAUGUGCACAUCAAUAGAGGUAUAGAGAAAAAACUUGCUUACAGUUUUUGCAUAUGUCGUUUCAGUUAAAGAUUAUUUAUA